AUGUCCACGGUAUCAAAGCUGGAAAUUCGGGGCAUUCGCAGCUACGGAGUCGACAGUGCAGACGUCCAGAAAAUCAACUUCCGCACGCCGUUAACGCUGAUAGUUGGGCAAAAUGGCUGCGGAAAAACAACCAUUAUUGAGUGCCUCAAGUACGGGCUGACCGGCGAGGUACCACAAGGCACGAAUCGCGGCAUAGGUUUCGUGCACGAUCCGAAAAUAUUCCACUCGGUCGAGUCGCUCGGGCAGGUCAAAUUGAUGGUGAAAGAUCACAUGCAGAACACCGUUACGGCCAUUCGAUCGAUGAAAAUAUCGCUCAAGGGAAAGAAUCCCAAGUUCGAAACUCUCGACUCGACAAUAGUGCUGGAAAACGCGGAAACCAAAGCUAAAUCAUCAUUGACGCGCUCCCGGACGGCCGAUAUUAACAACGAAAUGUGCGAGGCCAUGGGAGUGUCGAGGGCGAUUCUCAACAAUGUCAUAUUUUGCCACCAAGAAGAUUCGUGCUGGCCACUAGAGGAACCGAAAGAGCUCAAGAAGCGGUUCGACGCAAUCUUCGGCACAACCGAAUAUAAUCGCCUGCUUGACAAGUUGGUGAAGAGCUCCAAAGAGUACUGUGAUCGGCAGAAAGAGAAACAGGGCGAUUUGAAGUUACUGCAAGAGUUGAAGACUCAGGCCGAACAAAAACGCGUUCAGCUGGAGGACACUGACCGGAAGCACACUAAUUUGCAACAAAGAAUAAUCGAACUUCAGAGCGAUAUCGAUCCUAUUUUGAAGAAACUCGACGAGUUAGCUCUCAUCGAAAGAGAGUACAACAUGCUGAUUGCCAAAAAGAUCGACUUUAGUUCAAAGAUCCAGAGCAAACAAGAAGAGCAGAGCAAGCUUAAAUCUAAAAUUACGCAGCUUUUUGAAGGCACCCUGAUCGAACUCGAGCAAGAAAUAAGAAUUUUUCAACAAAAAACCGCAUCCAAGAAGUCUGAGCUUGAAGCGACAAAGGGCGAACUUGAAACGACCAAGUCCAAAGAUCGCGUAAUUCAAGGCAAAUGGCUACAAAUGGACCAACAACGAAUUGCCAUUAUCACGAAACAGCAACGUGAACGAGAACUUAAGAUAGAGCGUAGUAAAAAGAUUGUGCUGCUGGGAGAGAAAUUAAAACUCUCACUGCCAGCAGACUGCCAUAGCGCCACGGUGGACCUGAGUGUAAUCCAGUCUACCAUCAAAGCCAUACAGCAGGCAGUGCAGGCAGAGACCAGAAAGGUUCAGUCGAUGGCCACAGAAUAUGACGAGGAAGAUGUGCUGAAACAACGAGAAAUCGAUAAGUUACGCGAGGCAAAAGCAACACUGGAAAGUGAUUGCCUCUCGAAACGAAAACAGACUCAGCAGAUGGAGCGGGACAAACUGCAGGCAGAAGGUGAGGUGUCCAAAAUAGAGCUCUCUGCUCAAACUCUUAGCCAGCUGAACAACGAAUUAGUGAAACUCGAGCACGAAUACGAGGCGCACGUAAAAAGUGUAAAUCUUCCGGCCAUGAAGGAGGAGUUGGCCAAGAAAAAGAGAAUGCGCGAUCAGUUGCAGGAUCAGUUGGAACAGUUAGAAGAGCGUAUCAGUGCGAUGGACGAAUUCGCAAUAAAAGGACGGGAAUUAACACUGAAAGAACAGCAAUGUAAUGCCCGCGAUUCAGAGUUCAGGCGAAUGCGAAACAAGCAUGCCGAUAGCUUACGUGGCCUGUUCCCCGAUCGUACGAUUGAGUCCAACUAUAAGCGGAACGUGCAGGACCUGUACGAUGCACUGCAGCAAGAGAUCAAAACGAUUCACGAGAAGGCAAACCGCUCACAAAUGGUCGUCACGGAGAUGGAAACGCUGAGAAAAACCCAAAAGCUACAGCAUGAACGUCUUGUGCGGGAGUUGGCGGAGGCCGAAGAAAAAAUUUACUCUGCUUGCCGUGGGAAUCCGUAUGACGAGGUGGUGGCCAAGUUGAAGGAAAAGAUUGACAAAAACACUCUUGAGCACGGCGAGGAGCGCUCGGCCAUGGUGCUGUUUCAAAAAUUCAUCUCAAACAUCAAAUCUGACAAAUGCUGUCCGGUGUGUGACAAAGAACUAAACACCGACGAUGUUCAGGAUGUAAGUGGUAAGUUAUCGGAUAAAAUUCGGCGACUGCCACAGAAGAUCGAAUCGCUUGAGAGAACCUUAAAAAACGAACGCUUGGAAUAUGACAAGUUGUUGGCAUUGAAAUCGGUCGUAGAAGAGUUGGAAAAGCAAAAGCUCGAGUUGGCCAAACUGAAACAGCAACUUCAGGACACCGAGCGUCGUCUCACGAAGGCUGCCGAUGAGCUAGAGGAAUAUCAGUUGGCAACGUCGGAACCGGCGGCUAAUCUGCAACUGAUCAGUACCAUCGUUGGUGAUAUGAGCGUUUUGGAUGAAAUGAGCCGAGAGGUGGACAAGCUGCAACGUGGCGUAGAGCAACUGCGUGGCGAGUUAGGCUCCAAAGUAGCGGACGGUGCGAGCAUCGAUUCGCUGAAGAUCGAUCGAGAAUCAUUACGGGGACGGUUAAAGACAGAACGGCGCCUAACGGAUGAGUUGCAGAGCGAAUUCGACACAAUGUCGGAAAAGUUGAACAAUCUACAGUCGCGUAAUAACGAAAUGAAAUCGAAAAAGCUGAAGCUUCAAGAAUCCGUUCAAUCAUUGGAGCAGAAAAGGGCAAUAGUUCGGGAACUGGCCGGAAAAAUAGGUAUGCACGAAGCUGAGCUUAAGCAAGCUCAGCCUCAAUUGGCUACCCUAAAGCAGGAGUUGGAUCAGAAAGUCGAAGAGAAGUCGCGCACAAAGCACCAAAAUGCCCUGUCGUUGCAAAAGGCUCGUAAAUCUUUGGAAGCAUUGAACUUUGAUGAGACCGAAAUUGGACGACUAGGUAGCGAGCUGGGUGAACUGGAAGCGUUGAACCUGAACCGCGAAGUCGAGCGUCUACAGGAUAAAAUGAAACAACUUAAGGACGAACGUGACAGCAUAGUACUAUCAAUUGAAAAGCAAAUGGACACAAUUGAAACUAUCAAGCAGGACAUCACGGAUCAGCAUGUGCGCGAGCGGAAUCUUAUCGACAAUCGUGACUUGAAGCGCUUGAUUCGUGAAUCGGCGGACCUUGUAGCCGAACUAGACGCUCUGAAGAAAAACAUGGGAGAAAUGGAACUAAGCAGUGUGCAGAAAGAGCGAACCCGUCUUAUCGAUCUCCGUGACGGGCUGCAGGCCAAACGUAGCGAAGUAAACGGACAAGUGAGGGAGUUGCAGCUGCAAAUAAAGGGCCUUCGAGAGGUCUUGGAGCAGAGCAAGUUCAAAAAUGCCAUACGUAAUUUCCGCAAAACGUUCUGCGAAGCGGCAGUGCUGGGCAAGAUGGUGAGCGAUAUCAAAAAGCAUCGCGAUGCGGUCGAAAGGGCCUUGCGUGAAUAUCAUACCGAAAAGAUGGUCGAAAUAAACCGGAAUAUAUUCUCGCUAUGGCGCGACAUCUACCGCGGCAACGACAUCGACUACAUUCGCAUCAAGACCGAGGAUGAUCCGAACGCGCCGGAACGGUCAGACAAGCGUCGGCUGUAUUCGUACGGUGUGGUUCAAGCGAAGAACGACGUCGAAAUAGAGAUGCGCGGUCGUUGCAGCGCCGGACAGAGAGUUCUGGCGUCACUGAUCAUCCGUCUCGCAUUGUCGGAAACGUUCAGUGCCAACUGUGGGGUGAUGGCCCUCGACGAGCCCACCACUAAUCUGGACCGGGACAAUAUCGAAUCGCUGUGCGACUCUUUGCGGCGGAUUGUAGCUGAACGGGCGCACAGCAACUUUUUGCUCGUCGUCAUCACCCACGACGAGGAAUUCGUUACGAAGCUGGAAAAGUUUGAAACAUAUUAUCGCAUUUCACGCAACAAUGAUGGCAAAUCCAUCAUAACGGAAGAGCAACUGUAA